ACCCCACUCGGCCUCGCCGCCGAACGCGGCGACGCGGCGACGUGCCGCACCCUCCUCAAGGACGGCGCCGACCCCGACGGCGUCGGUCCCCGCGGCAACCGACCGCUACACUACGCCGCCUACGAGGGACACGCCAAAGCCGCCGAGCUCCUCUUAACUCACGACGCGGACGCCAACGCCAGGAACGACGUCGGAUGCACCCCGCUUCACAACGCGUCCACGCGGGGACACGGCGACGUCGUCGCGUCGCUCAUCGCCGCGGGGGCGGACGUCAACGCGGUGGACGUGGACGGCGUCACGCCGCUGCACGUCGCGUCCACCCGGGGGGUCUCGGAGCAACUCCUUCGAGCGGGCGCCGAUCCCAACGCCCGUCGCAGAGACGGUCGCACGCCCCUG